GCCGCGGCCGCAGCAGCUGGGAGAAGCCCCUAAGAGCCGCCGCCGCCGGCCGCACUCGGAUCGCAGCGCGCGCAGCCAUGGCUUCGGGGCUGGCGGAGGCGGAGACCCGGCAGAGGUUGCUGCGCACCGUCAAGAAGGAGGUGAAGCAGAUUAUGGAGGAAGCUGUCACGCGCAAGUUUGUCCACGAAGACAGCAGCCACAUCAUCUCUUUCUGUGGGACUCCAUUAGGGAAUUUGGAAGUAGAGAAAAGAUUUGGAAGUAGAGAAGAAAUUAAGAAUGACAUCUGCACCCCGGGAAAAGCGGCUGUGGAGGCCUGCGUCCUGCAUGGCCUGCGGAGGCGGGCGGCUGGCUUCCUGCGCAGCAACAAGAUCGCAGCUCUCUUCAUGAAAGUGGGCAAGAGCUUCCCGCCAGCAGAGGAGCUGAGCCGCAAGGUGCAGGACCUGGAGCAGCUGAUCGACAGCGCGCGAAACCAGAUCCAGGGCCUCCAGGAGAAUGUGCGAAAGCUGCCAAAACUUCCCAACCUGUCCCCACUCGCCAUCAAGCACCUGUGGAUCCGUACAGCCUUGUUUGAGAAGGUCCUGGACAAAAUUGUUCAUUACCUUGUGGAAAACAGCAGAGGGUCAAGGAUCUUUCAGUCUUGUGGCUCCACCAUCCUCUGGGGCCUUAUGGUCAUCUGCUUCCAGCCAGCAGAGGGGAAAUGGAAAAGUCCAUCCCCUGGUUUCCUGUUGACCAAAUCCUUUGUUUCCCCCCACCUACCACAGAGUUACGAGGAGCAGGAGCUGCUGCGUCUUGUCUACUACGGGGGCAUCCAGCCAGAGAUCCGCAAAGCCGUGUGGCCCUUCCUCCUGGGCCACUACCAGUUUGGGAUGACAGAAACAGAAAGGAAGGAGGUGGAUGAGCAGAUGCAUGCCUGCUAUGCGCAGACCAUGUCCGAGUGGCUGGGCUGUGAGGCGAUUGUGCGGCAGAGGGAACGGGAAUCCCACGCGGCCGCCCUGGCCAAAUGUUCUUCGGGGGCCAGCCUGGACAGCCACCUGCACCGGAUGAUACACCGGGACUCCACCAUCAGCAAUGAGUCCUCCCAGAGCUGCAGUUCGGGCCGCCAGAACAUCCGCCUGCAGAGCGACUCCAGCAGCAGCACACAGGUCUUCGAGUCUGUGGACGAGGUGGAGCAGGUGGAGGCAGAAUGCAGGUUGGAGGAGAAGCAGCCCAAGAUCCCCAACGGGAGCCUGGUGAAUGGCACCUGUUCCCCAGACUCCGGCCACCCUUCCUCCCACAACUUCUCCUCGGGCCUCUCGGAGCACUCAGAACCCAGCCUGAGCACGGAGGACAGCGUCAUGGACGCCCAGCGCCCUGCCCCGCUGGUGAUUCGACCCAGGGACAGCGGUGUGGAUGACGGGCAGAGCAGCGAGGCCACCACUUCCCGGGAUGAGGUCCCCCGUGAGGAGCUGGCUGUGCAGGACAGCCUGGAGAGCGACCUCCUGGCCAACGGGAGCAUGGACGAGUUCGUGUCCAUCACUGGCAGUAUGGAUGUAGCUCUGCCCGAAAGGGAGGGCCCUGCGAUGGAGGGCUGGAGGGGCAUCAAGGUGGGGAAGCAGAGCCAGGUGGACAGUGAGGACAACCUCUCAGAGGAGCCCGAGAUGGAAAGUCUCUUCCCGGUGCUCGCUUCUCUGGCCGUGACCACUUCUGCCAACAACGAGGCAUCCCCUGUGUCUUCUAGUGGCGUCACCUACUCUCCAGAGCUGCUGGAUCUGUACACGGUGAACCUGCACCGCAUCGAGAAGGACGUGCAGAGGUGUGACCGCAACUACUCGUACUUCACACCCGCCAACCUGGAGAAGCUACGGAACAUCAUGUGCAGCUACAUCUGGCAGCACAUUGAUAUCGGCUAUGUCCAGGGUAUGUGUGACCUCCUGGCUCCACUUUUGGUCAUUCUGGAUGACGAGGCCCUUGCCUUCAGCUGCUUCACCGAGCUCAUGAAGAGGAUGAACCAGAACUUCCCCCACGGAGGCGCCAUGGACACGCACUUUGCCAACAUGAGGUCGCUAAUCCAGAUCCUGGACUCAGAGCUCUUCGAGUUGAUGCAUCAGAACGGGGACUAUACUCACUUCUACUUCUGCUACCGCUGGUUCCUGCUGGAUUUCAAGCGAGAACUCAUCUAUGAUGACGUCUUCUCUGUUUGGGAGACCAUCUGGGCAGCCAAACAUGUGUCGUCCGCCCACUAUGUCCUGUUCAUCGCGCUGGCGCUGGUGGAGGUCUACCGUGACAUCAUCUUGGAGAACAACAUGGAUUUCACAGACAUCAUCAAAUUUUUUAACGAAAUGGCUGAGCGACACAACACCAAACAAGUCCUGAAGCUGGCCCGGGACCUCGUGUACAAGGUGCAGACCCUGAUUGAGAACAAGUGAGGACCACGCCACGUCACCCAGGCAGCGUCAGCCAAGCCUCCACCCACCUGCCUGUCCUGCCUGCUUCUCCUCCUGGCUGCCCAGGGAGCAAGGUCCUGGCAUCUGUUCCCAAGCAUGGACCUCUGUGCAGAGAGAAAGUACCCCAACUUUGGCCACCAGGCAGGUGGGAUCGAGGGGUUGCCCCUUCAGUUCAGCCUUACGUUCUCCUGUUUGACCAAAGAUCGCCCAAGUCUGGGAUUUCUCCCUUGUGGGAGUUGGGAGUUGUUGGUGUGCGGAGGGAACUUCUUCGUUCAUGGUCCCCGGAAUGGUCUCCUCCCUCUUCUCUCCCAUCCCCCCAACUGUCUUGUCGGAUGAGACUUGGGGAGGGAACUUUUUGGAAGCUGGUAUAGGAGAGGUCUGUGGGGCUACCUCUGCACUCUGAAAGGGGCCUUUGGAGAUGUUCCAGAACGUGGCUGGAAGGUUGGCCUGGAGCAGAGCACUGUUGACAUUUAAUGCUUUUUUGAGGGAUGCUGCCCUGUGCACUGUUGGAAUUUGAGCAGCAUCCCUGGCCUCUACCUACUACAUGCCAGUAGCACCCUCCUCCCCAACCCCUUGUGACAUCCCGGAGCACCUCCAGACAUUGCCAAAUAGCCCCAUUUGAGAACCACUGGCUUGGAGGAGGGGCUACAAGUGUAUCUCCCUCUCCACUUUCUUUGUACCUGAGCCGCCUAUAUCCUGAGACUUUCUUCCGUUUAGAAAAGGCACAUGGGGUCCUUUGCACAUCUCUCUUGGGGUCUGGGAUUUCAACCGUUGUAUAUUUCUCAUUUUUUCUCCUCCACCUGGCCCAGGAGAGACUUUUUUCUUCUUUUAAAGAAAGACGUCUGCCUGUGAGAAGUGUCUGUAAGCAUGAGAUAGGCCUCUUCCGGGUCCUGCUCAGGGGCCCCCGGGCAGGGCAGAGUCCACAUCCCCUUGCUCUCUUCCUAGGGAGGACCUCGCCUCUCCUUCCAUACAUCGGGUCUGAUGUUCCAGAAGCUUGGAAGAUGUGUGUUGGUGCAAGCCACUUGUUUAGGGAGGCUGGCUUUUCUCUAAGUGCCCUUGCUCACUCAGGACAAAGGAGGGAAAGGAGGACAGAGGAUGGCCCAGGUAGGGUAUGGCGGGUGUUUUUCUUGGGAAAGAAACAUCAGCUGAUGAACUGGUGCCAGGGUCACAGACCAGACUGGAGAUGGUCCCCUCCAUGUCUUCACACAGAGGGUCACCAAUCCCCAAACAGACCCUAAGCGAGCUAGUUUACCCUGCCUACCUGUCCUCCCAGGAGAGUGGUCCUGCCAGCCCUUCUCUUCUGAGAGCGUACCAGAGUCGGGAGAAACAGAGUUGGGGAGGGAUGCUCUUCCCAAGAAUGGCAGGUAGGAUUUUGGAGAGGGUAGGAGAUUCGUCAAGCACUUUGAAGCAGUCGCAGAGAGAGUGCAUUAGUCCUUCCGUCCUGAGCAAACCAGGAGAGGGAGUAAUCCCCUGCCUGGCGUGCUUGUGAAGGCGCUUCCCUGGGACCCAGCACUUUAGGUUGCACUGAACUUCCGCCUGAGUAGGGUCUCCUGGGCAGGAUGGAUGAGACUAGACGGCCCUCGCUUCCAAAGACUGCUCCGUGAGAAAGCAUCUCCUCGCCCUAGUCCCCCACCUUCCCAAGAUGGGAGAAAAUAUAUGAAAGUCCCCUCCAGAUAAAAGUUUAUAUUGCCAUUCAACUGUUCACUACAGAGGAUGUUAUUUUAGCAAGACCCAGGUCCUAGACCUUCCGAUUCUUAUUUAUUUUUUGACAGACUAGUCUGAAAGUACAGCACAAGAUCUCUUCUCUGCCUUCUCUCGUGGUGUUCCAGAGAGCGUCGUGGUUGUGAUUUGGAAUAACUCCUAUUUAUUCGGCUUACUUUGUUUAUUCGGAUCUUUGUACGUUGUGUGUGUCCUUGUGUCCCUGAAUCGUAUGCGUGAGAGUUGUUUUAUCUAUGGAGUGCCCUCCUUUUCUCAGUGUUGCCAGCAUAUCUUGUUACAGUUUACUACAGAGUCGUGUCUCUAGAGAGAGAAAAUAUAUAUAAACAGAAACAUGUGAACCUGGGUUAUUUUUUGUUUCUGUGUUUGGGGAUUUUCUUUUUAAUUUGAAAGAAAGAAAUGCUUGCUUCUGAAGACUGUGUCCUCAUAUCCCACCCUCCACCCCACCUCAGUGACCCAGACACAGAGAGGGACAUAUUCUUAUGAUAGCUCCCUGGUCUUUCCCCUGAAAGUUCAAGGCUGGUGAAUCUCAUCUCAUCCUUUGUAUCAGUUAGCUGUUACCAUAAGUAAUGCUGUGUAACAAACCAUCCCAGAUCUUAAUGGCUUCAAACAGCCAUUUAUUUAGCUUGUGAUGAUUCUGUAGGUCAACAAUAUGAGCUGGGUUCAGCUGGGUGGUUCUUCUGGUCUCAGCUCAACUUCUUUGUGUGUCUCUGGUCAGCUGAUGGCCAGCCAGGCAACUCUGCUUUUGACAAUUGGCUGGCUGUUGGCUAGGAUAGUGGGAGAAACUGGGCCAUGUAUCUCUCGUCCUCCAUUAGGCUAGCUCAGGCUUGUUUACAUGGCCAUGAUGGCAGUUUCUAAGAGAGCAAACAAAAGUGUGCAAUGCCUCUUGAGACCUAGGAUUGGAAUUGGCAUAAAGUUAAUUUCUACUAUAUUCUUUUGGUCAAAGAAGUCAUAUGGCUGAGCUCAGAUUGAAAGGAUGGAGAAAUAGAUUCCACCAGUUGAUGGGAGGUUUUGAAAAGUGACAAUGAAAAGGGCUGUAAAUACAGGCAGGGAAAUGAUUGAGUAUUUUUGCAAACAGUCUACCAUGUAUCCCAAGGUCCAUACACAGGAGGGGUCCCAAGAUGGUCAGCCAUUGGACUCAAGAGUAUACCUCUAAGUCGAUGCCUCACUGUAUCCCCACUGCUGAGCUAGCUCCUCUCUCACCCCCAGUGUUCCCAUAGACCAUCAACUUAUCUCCUCAAUAUCUAUGAUUCCCACUCACGGCUGCCAUUCUGAACCACAGUCUUUGCACAAUGGAGACCUCGCAUGGCUCUCCACCCCCAGCAGCCUCUAACCAUGCGCCAAGAGAAACUUCUGGUUUUCUGCUGCAGAAGCAAAGCUUGAUUUAAUCUAAUGAGCACUCAUCAAAACUUCAGGUUUUCUAUAGAAAAAGUUAGUUUCCAAAUAAGCCAGCAAAGUAAAGGAGUUUCAGGUGGCAUUAGUGGCCUGGCUGAACCCAAGUCACCCCUUUCUUGGAAGAUUGCCAGCAGAGGUAAGUCUGAAGCCACACAGCAGCGGGCAGGUGGGGACUUGUCUUUUGCUGGCCCACAUGGGGCUGUCUUAGUGGGAAGGUCUGCUUCUUCCUGGGAGAAGCUUCUGAGGGCAAAGACUGGUCCUGAUGUUCUGACCAUCCUUUGAAGCCACUGGUCUCAUUUCCCCAACUCCAGCCAUAGCCUGGUACACGUGGCCCUCCUCCUGGAGGACCCCACUAUUCUUGCAGCUGCCUGGCACCACCAGACCUGGGUACCACCAGCAUACCUGUUAUGUGUGUACAAAUGUGCAGUUACAUGCAUUAUUGACUUACGGUAAAGGACCAUAUAUUUUGUGGGGAAAAAAUCCUAAGAGAAUGUUUUGCUUUUGUAAAGGUUUUCCUAAACACAUGCAUUUGCACCUUGCACAGAUGUGAGAAGAUGAGUCUUGGGCCACUAGGCACGUUUUCGUGACUCAAAGCAGGGAUGGAGAAGGGGUCUUUGUUGCCAUGUGUAUGGCACACACAGUUGUCACUGUGGUCUCCUCCUCCCCCCCUUUUCUUCUUCUUCCUCCGCCUCCUCCUCCGUCUUUUCCUCCAUUUCUUUAUCUUCUCCUUCGCCUAUCCCUCUGAUUCCUCUCCUCUCCUCCUUCUGCCUCCUUUCCUUGUAGCCAUGAGCAUGUGGAUACUGUCCGUCACCAUGUCUUCUGCCUGAAUGUUGCUGUUCUCAUUCAGAACAACACUGCUGGGUUUAGACCCUCUGGCUGCUCUGUCAUCUCUCUCUAAAUCACGUUCCAUUUUCUUUUCACCUCGAGCUUUCCAUUUGGCUUGUGGGAGAGGCCAUGCGGCAACUGAGAAGCACUUAUGCAAAGGGUUUGGGAGGCCCCGACCAUCCCAUUUCAGAACGGCUGCGACUAUUUAUGCCAUCCUGUUUCAUCUUCCUUCUUAUCCCUCUCUCCUUCUCUCCCAGGCCUGAGGUCCCAGCAGCCCAUUGGGGAAAGGAGGCGAGGGUACAGUCAAGGGCAGUGGGAGGAAGUGGUUUAGAUUUCUUGCCUUUUCAACAGAUACUCAAGUUUGAGAGACAUUAGAUCCAUCAAUCAAUGAGUCUUCUCCCCAAGUUUUAUGACAGCAUCAAACUCAAGUCACCUGCAGUCCACCUUUAUGAUUUGGACCAUAUCUGUGUACCAUCUGUACUAUUCUAUCUUUACUAGUUUUCUUUUUUCUUUUUACUUUUCAGCCACAUCGUGUUGCAUGUAGGAUCUUAGUUCCCCGAUCAGGGAGCGAACCUGCACUCCCUGCAGUGGAAGCACGGAAUCUUAACCACUGGACCACCAGGGAAAGUCCCUUUACUAGUUUUCUUUAAAUCAACUCAUUUUUUAAAAUUUCAAAC